AUGACAUCCCUAAAAGACAGAUUUUUAAGUCACAAGGAUAUAUUAAGAGGGCUUGAUAAUUUUGUGCCCGCUAACUCUGUCAAAAAACAAUAUGAGGACCUAAGACCUGCAUUAGAGUUUUACAAAGAUGAUCUGCGGAGUUCAAACAAUUUCAUUCUGGAAGCGGAGUACAAUCUAUGGAAAACUCACUGGCAGACAUUUGCAGCAGAUAAGUUACCCAAAAGUGCGCUAGAUACCCUUAGAAACAUGGACUGGGACAUGUUUCCUAAUAUUAAAAUUUUAUUAACCAUUCUCGCCGUAAUCCCAGUUACAACAAGUUCAGUAGAACGAUCAUUUUCAACGUUGAAGAGGCUGAAAAACUACCUCCGGAAUUCUACUGGGGAAGAAAGAUUAACAAUGUUAACACUACUAACCGUCCACCGAGAUAUACCAGUAAAUAUAGAGGAUGUCAUCAACGAGUUCAACAGUUCAACAACCAGAAGAUUAAGUCUUUCGUGA